AUGCUACCUUUCCUGGCGGCCGUCUUGCGGUUGCUCGUCGGUCUCUGGUACGUCUGGUGCGAAAGAGUUUGGUACCGGUUGGUGCCACCACGGACCACCAGUACCGUUACGAUCGCACCGGGCAAGGUGCGCGGCGUUAGGGCGCGGGGUCCGCGGGGUGUUCAUUACCAUUAUUUCAAGGGCAUUCCCUAUGCCGUGCCUCCGGUCGGUGAGCUCCGGUUUAAGAGUCCGGUUCCCCUGGAGUCGUUCCAACGUCCCGUAGUGGAUUGUUUUGUGGAGGGCAGCAAAUGUUUGCAGUACGAUCAGAUACUCAAGGUGCUAGUAGGCUCCGAAGAUGGGCUCUUCCUGAACGUCUACACACCGGAACUACCACGGGAUGGGAGCAUGACGGCCCAGAUGCCGGUCAUGGUGUACAUACACGGUGGAGGAUUCAUGUGCGGUAGUGGAGAUUCGUUUCUGUACGAUCCGGUACACUUCCUGCAGCACCGGGUAGUGGUGGUAACGUUCAACUACCGGCUCGGGCCGUUAGGGUUCCUUAGCUUCCCCGAAGCCGGCGUCGAGGGGAAUGCUGGCCUGAAGGACCAGCUGUUGGUAAUGCGGUGGAUCCGGCAGAAUAUUUCCGCCUUCGGUGGUGACCCCAACAAUGUGACACUUUUUGGAGAGAGUGCCGGUGCGAAGGCGGCCUAUCUUCACUAUCUCUCUCCAGUGUCCAGGAAAUAUUUCCAUCGCAUCAUCUGCCAAAGCGGAGUUGCCUGUUCAGACUUUGUUUUGCAGGUAAACCCGAGUGGCAAGGCCAGAAAGCUGGCCAACUGUUUGGGUUACCGUGGAUCAUCCGACAGUGAGGCUUUUGAUGUUCUUCGGAAAGCACCCGCUGCGCAACUGAUACGAUACCAGAUGGAAACGCUAGACGCGAGUGAACAGCUCCAGGAAUUAAAGUUCCCUUUCCGUCCAGUUGUCGAAGGCAGUUACCCGGAAGCGAUCGUAACCGAGCAUCCGCUCGACGCGCUUCGAUCGAGCAUACUCGAACCACCAAUCCCUAUCAUAACCGGAUGCAACAGUGGUGAAGGAAUGGUGGCACUAGUGGAGGCGAAGAAAAACCUCACCCAGUACAACCGCCACCCGGAACGGUUGGUGCCGGCCAGCAUUCGCCUCCAGACGGACACGAUCAUCGGCAUCGGGGAGAAGGUGAAGAAGUUUUACUUCGACCAACGUCCUAUAAGCUCGCAGACGCUUCCAGAGCUGAUGGAUCUGCUCUCGGACAACGAGUACCUCAUGGCGACGGUAACCGCGGCGGAACUGAUGUCCCGGUAUCAACCGCAGGUGCCCCAUUACUGCUACUACUUCAGCUUCGACGGACGGUACGGGAAUACCAAGCAGUUGCUCAACAUGUCUCACCUGCCGGGCGUCUGCCACGGUGACGAUGUGUUCUACAUGUUCCACUCGGCGCUAAACUGUGGCGCUCUACCUGAAGACGCAGAUGAAAACCGGGUUCGCCAGUGGAUCGUUAAGCUGUGGACAAAUUUUGCGCGCCACGGGAAUCCCACGCCGGCCGCCAGGGACGUGGAAUUACCCACUUGGGAGCCAGUAGCUGUUGGGCAGCGUGAGCGGUUCCGUUUGGAUUGCCUUCAGAUUGAUCGGACGCUAAGGAUGACAUCGGAUCCGUUCGGGCGAAGGUGUGCCUUCUGGCGGGAUCUUUUCCACGCCUAUGGUUAUAGUUCCCGGAAAUUGUCCAGCUAGGUUUAAGGAAUUACUACAAUUUACAGUAUUUUUCAAAUAUAAACAUAACUUUA